CGGCGGGGCCGUCCCGGAACGACUGCGGCCGGGUGCGCUGGGAGUUAAUCCGAAAGCGCCGCUAGCCCCGCGGGCCAGACUCCACGUGUCACCGAGAAGCUGAUGUAGAGAGGAUACAGAGAGAGAAAGAAAGCAAGAGACCAGAGUCCCGGGAAAGUCCUGCCGCGCCUCGGGCAAUUAUAAAAAUGUGACCCCCCCGGGUCUGCCUCCCAACCACCGCCCUCACCUGCCGCGUGCACCCGUCUGCUUCCAGCUGGCCGCUCGGUUCGGUGCCCCCGCAGCGCCGCUCAGCAUGUGCCCGCCGCGCAGCCUCCUCCUUGUGGCCACCCUGGUCCUCCUCCACCACCUGGACCACUUUAGUUUGGCCAGGAACCUCCCCGCCACCACAGCGGGCCCCGGAAUGUUCCAGUGCCUCAACCACUCCCAAAACCUGCUGAGAGCCGUCAGCAACACCCUUCAGAAGGCCAGACAAACCCUAGAAUUGUACUCCUGCACUUCUGAAGAGAUUGAUCAUGAAGAUAUCACCAAAGAUAGAACCAGCACAGUGGAGGCCUGCUUACCACUGGAAUUAGCCACGAAUGAGAGUUGCCUGGCUUCCAGAGAGACCUCUUUAAUAACUAAUGGGAGUUGCCUGGCUUCCAGAAAGAACUCUUUUAUGAUGACCCUGUGCCUUAGCAGUAUCUAUGAGGACUUGAAGAUGUACCACAUGGAGUUCCAGGCCAUGAACGCAAAGCUUCUGAUGGAUCCUGAGAGGCAGAUCUUUCUGGAUCAGAACAUGCUGGCAGCUAUUGCUGAGCUGAUGCAGGCCCUGAAUUCCCACAGCGAGACUGUGUCACAGAAACCCUCCCUGGAAGAACUGGAUUUUUAUAAGACUAAAAUCAAGCUCUGCAUACUUCUUCAUGCCUUCAGAAUUCGUGUGGUGACCAUCGACAGAAUGAUGAGCUAUCUGAGUUCUUCCUAAAAAGCUGAGGUCUCUCCUAAACUUAAAGUCAUUUUUAUAAAUAUUGGAACCAAAGAAAUUGUAAUAGGGCAUGGGUUAAGAACUGGGGCGGGGGGUGGCUUGA